ACCAGCUUCGCCAUCAUCACCCUGCCAGCAGACCCUUGCAUACUAAUGGAAGUCAUGCACAUGUUGAUCCUCACAGUCCAGAAAAAUUUAAAACCAAAAUGAAAUCUAUGUGGAAUAAUGUCAAAUACGGAUGGACUAUCAAAACUAAAACAAAUUUCAAGUAUGACAGCCCUAUCUUUUUACUUGGUCGAUGUUAUCACCGGAGAGCUGAAGCAGAAAGUAGCCAGCAAGAGCAAGAAGGACACAUGCAUCAAACACAGCAAGAGGAACAAGUACAACAGCACUACAGAAUAUCAGCUCUGGAUGAAUUUAAUGCGGAUUUCACCAGUCGCCUGUGGUUCACCUACCGAAGAGAAUUCACACCUAUUGGUAGCUCCAAAAUGACUACAGACUGUGGCUGGGGCUGUAUGCUUCGCAGUGGUCAGAUGAUGAUGGCUCAGGCCUUGGUGCAGCAUUUUCUUGGAAGAGACUGGAGAGUGUACAGUGAGCAGAAACCAGAAGAUCUUACUUUCUAUCGGGAAAUUAUUCGCUGGUUUGGUGAUUAUCCUUCUGAUAAAAUGCCAUUCUCUCUUCAUCAUCUUGUGGAAUUAGGCACUUCUGUGGGUAAAAUGCCAGGAGAUUGGUAUGGCCCAGCGUCUGUUGCUCAUAUUCUGAGAGAUGCACUUGUGAAGGCAUACCAGCCUCUCCCACUCCUACAGGAUGUUUCAGUUUAUGUAACACAAGAUUGUACAAUUUAUGUGCAAGACCUGAUCAACCUGGUAUCUCAGCACCCUCGUAAAGACUUGGAUGUGAAUAGCAGAUCCUUUGAAGAGGAAACAAGCACAGUACAAAAACAGCUGCAGCAGACUGAGUCUGAGCAGAAGGAGAACUGGCGGGCUGUCAUCAUUUUAAUACCUAUGAGGCUGGGGGGAGAAGCACUGAAUCAGAUUUACAUUCCUUGUGUGAAGUCCAUGCUUGCCCAUGACAACUGCAUUGGCAUCAUUGGAGGAAAGCCCAAACAUUCCCUUUACUUUAUUGGCUGGCAGGAUGACAAAAUGAUUUACCUGGAUCCACACUACUGCCAGGAUGUUGUUGACACAACAAAACCUACCUAUCCUAUUCAGUCUUUCCACUGCAUGUCACCACGCAAGAUCUUGUUUACAAAGAUGGAUCCUAGCUGCACUGUGGGCUUUUACUGUAGAAACAAAGAGGAACUUCAGACCUUCCUGAGGCAGGUUCCUGAUAUGGUGGUUCCUCCAAGGCAGAAAGGACAGUACCCAUUGUUUGUUGUUACAGAGGGCACCAGCAGUGAGAUGCAGUCCAAGGAGCCACCAUACCGUGAACUUGGCCGUCUUCAUAUCAGACAUGUGCGGUGUGACCAGGAUGGAAACCGAAUACGAGCGAAAACAGUUGACUCUGAUGACUUUGUGAUACUGUGAUCAUUUGCAUCCUGUGCACACCUGCAUACUGCAGCUAUAUCUCCCUAUUCAACUCUGUGUGUGUGUGUGUGUGUUUGAGUGUGUUUGUGCUAAUAAUCAUCACUGCACAUGCUGAGGCACAUAGAUGAUGGAUCUUUUAAUCUGUGAUGUUGAUUGACAUGGAAAUUCUGUGUAAAAGUUGUUGGGAUAUUUCCUGUCAAUACUGCUUAAUUUACCAUGCUGUGGCUGAAGGACAACCUGUAGUUCGCUUGAGAGAUGCUGUCUUAUUUUUUCAUCAUGCUGUCCUUUUAGACACAGAGAGUGGAGGGCACGAGGACUAGCAGAAAAAAACUGAGUUUGAGCUCAGGAACAGUUGUUGGCAUUAUAUUUUAUUUAUUUUGUCGGCUCUUAUUCUGCUUAGGUGUCACAAAAAAUACAGGUUGCAGAUGCAUCUUUUAGUAAUCCUGGUUUCAUUUGAACCUGCUCAAUUGUUUCCUCUUAAUCAAGAAAUGGUGGCACCAUGUAAGCUGUUUUGUGAUAGAUAACUGUGGUAUGGUGGUAUGGUCUUACCACAGGUGUAACCUGCUGAUACCCAGACCUGGGGGUUUGUUACAGAUUAAUGUAUGGGGCAACUAGGGACCAUAUGUGCUGCAUGUCAUAGUGUACUGGCUGGAUUGUUAACAGAAGGCACGUAGCUAAAAUGCACAUAAAAAAAAAAUGUAGCCGACGCUACACAUUAUUCAUCCAGCUUGUACUUCGUCCCAGGCCACUGUAUUUUUCUGAAAACACACUGAAUACAGAGGCUCAUUCCAAUAAGAUGGUCAGGAUUGCUCAGAUUUUAUCCUGUUGGUUACUGCAUGAAGUAACUGAAGAUUUAUUUCACAUUUAUUCCCACAUGCAAGCUUCAUAAACCAUAUUUAUUCUUUUUGUUUUCUUUUGGAAGUGAGUUAAGUCUGGAAGAAGCUAUUUGGACAUCACUAUCAAGAUCAAUUCUUUCAAUCCCCUCAAAGUUUUAUUGCUUUAACCCAUUCAUUAAAGAGAGAAAUAUUUAGUACAUUAUAAAAGUUCACAUGGUCAAAAAAAAGUUGUGGAUUAACAAUGGAAAUUUUGUUUCUGCACCUUGUUGCUCAGCACAUUAAUAAAGUUUUGCAGUGUAUCAAAUUUAGGUGACCAUUUGUCUUACUGCCGCUUUUUAAAAUUAUGGAUUUCUGAAGAAAUUAGUAAAACAAUCAAGAAACACAGUUACCUAUACCUAUAUCUUGGCAUGUUUCCUGAAAUUUUAGAGUGAUUAGUAUGCCAACUGAAAUUUAAACCAAGAAAAAAAAUUUAUUUAGUGAGCCUUGAAAAGGCAUUUUGAUUUCAAAUUUCUCCAUUUAGUUCUCAUAAGUAGUCACUCGGCUUGGUACUGCAACAUGAAAUAAAAGAUUUCUGUCACUAUGACUAAACUGUUACAGGACAAAGAAACAAAUAUGAUCUGUGAUGGUGUCGUGUGUGACAUUGUCUCCUAAAAAAGCUCUUUGUUCUGUGAAAUAUUUUCCUGGUUAAGAAUAUUGAUACCAGUCAAGCAGGAUUUACGUGCAAAAUAAGUUUGUCAUUGUUGAAAGAAAUAAUUAUAUUUAUCACAUGUUGCUAGAAAACAUGUCAUUUUUUUUGUAUGUGCAAUAUGCUUUAAUAAGGGCCUUCCAAUUUCACUGGAUGUAUUGUUUGUAAUUUUUUCUCUGUGUAUACUCCUGUAGCUGUUAUAUACUUUACUGUAUCAGUUUAAAUGUAAAUCUGAAUGAAGUUUUAACCUAGUCACUGACCCAACAGGUUAGCAUGUUGCAUUGUUGAUAAGAGGACAUAGUGGGGAAAAAAGCAUAGCUUAAAACGAGAUUUACAAGGCAUUUAAAGUAUCCCUUAUCUUACAAACUAUUAAGGUUUGUCAAUUAACAGAUUGGUGCUGGAAUGGGCUUGUGGGAUAUCUGUUUUUAAAUAUUCAGAUACGUUUGUCAUGAUUUUGUUCACAUUUGAAAAUAGAUUGACUUGCAUAUGGUUUAAAGUUUAAACCAAUAUUAUUGCUCUUUUAUGUGUCUACAGUUCAUGCAGUGUUUGUCUAAAAAUGAGGAAGGUAUGGUUCAGGACAUGUUGCUCUCGAUGAAAAUCUAGAGCUAGUAGUGGUCAGAAGGUUAUCCGAGGGAAGUAUACCUGUUUCGGGGAACAUUGAUAUAUGAUCAUGUUUAAUGCCGUUAUAAACCUUAUAACCCUACUGAUAAGAUGCAAUAAUAUAUUGACAGGACGGUAGAUGGGGAUGAAUCAGCAUAUUGUGAUUUUUUUUCCUUGACUGUCCGUGGCAUGUUUUAUCCAUUAAAUGAUAUAUAAAAACAAUUAGUGCCAAGAUCCAGGUGAUACAAAAUGUACUAAAUUUGUCUUUUAUAUCAGAUUUUACUUGAAUGAUAAUAAGUGGUAUUUUAAUUUUGUUUCAUUUGUCUUGAAGUUUUAAUUUUCUGAAAUGGACAGUAUGGCUGGGGAGGGAAGCUAAAGGGAAGAGCAAGUUAUUUCUCUUGGACUAGACCUGCAUCAAGGGUUGGCGUUGUGACAAUAUCCUAGUCGUCAUGUAGACAGAACAUUAAUCUGGGUCUGCUUGUUAUUAUUUGGUUUCUUCUUUUGCUGUUGAAAAUUUUAAGCAAAAUAAAAAUUAACCAAGGCAUGUUACGAAAACAGUUACAGAAAGGCUGAUAGAUUUUCGGGAUAACAAUCAUCAGUAACUCAGGAGAGGUGACUAGCACCAUGUAUAGAUAAUUCACAAUGCUGCCAGACAAGAGGUUGUACACUCAAUUGCUUGUCGUUGUCACGUGUUUCAGCCCUCCGUUUGAGCCAAGUUUUCAAACAUGCGCAGGUCGUAAAAGGUACGCGGGAAGGGUAAACAGAUACCCGAGUGGUUACAGCGCUGGCGUCCGAAGUGAGAGCGCGCUGUUUCGAAGCCCGGUCAGCGCAGCAAACUUCCCCCAGUCGACCCAGCUGGAUGGAAUAUGUACCCGACUCCACAGAGGGUUGGGGAAGAUAGUGUAGCUCACGUAAAGCUGGCCCCGAGUAAAAACAACCCCCUCUCUCAGCGACCUGAAAAGGUUAUAGUUAAUCGGUGCGCACGCGCAGAGAGAAAGCUGAAUAGAAGCAUAUCGAUAGUGCAGAGUAUAUUAGUAAAAUAGUUAUUUUGUGCACGAAAUCCAGAAUGUCUCAUUAUGAUCUUAUACGGACAUUAUGAGAGAGAAGCUGCAGCUAGCAACUACAAAUAUAAAAUGAAAUAAAAUUUCCAGGAUCAAAACAUUUGUACGUGAAAUUAACAAUGAAAGACUUCAUGUUGAAAUGUACGAGCCACUAAUCUCACUUAAUCUACUCAAGCGUAUCUGUUGCGACCUGCACGUGCGCCUUGUGUGUUUGGAACGAUGAUUCCAAGGGUCUGCGAUUUUAUCGUUUUAGCUUGCGGUUUAAUUCGGCGCAAGGCAAUCUGAAUGCGCAUGUCCGGAAACAGUUUGAGCGUCAAGGGUCAAAGGACUGUUUCCGGUCGGCCUGCCAGUGCCUUUAUAAUUUCUGGCUGGAGUUUGUUAAGUCUUCGGCCUAUUCAUCUUCGUCUUUCCUUGCUUGAAUUACGUGCAGCUUGCUUAAAGCCAGUAUAGAUACGGGAGAGGAAAAUUGGGAAGCGGGUGUAGAGGAGCGGUCAUCAGAUUUUGCUGGGGGAAGAUUCCUCUGCCAAAAAAAGAUUGGGAUAUUUUAAUAUUGAAUAUAAAUGUCAGGAGGCAGUUAACAGUGAAGUGUAUAGACUGGCGACUGCUGCAAGAAUGUUGGGGGAACUGUGGUAGAUGAAGAGACUGCCGGGUGGGUGUCAGUUUGGUGACGUCACAGUAAGAGGGUGUGCAUGUGUUAUCGCGAUACUAGCUUAUGGUGAUAUUAGUGGAUGCUGUUGAAGAACCACAAAGCGAUUCUUAUUCAACUGUUGUACACGAUGUAGCGAACGGUACAGAUCUGUGUAUGCAUGACUGUAACAGGGAAAUGGACGCAUGCUAAUGGUGAUAGCUGAUUUGAUCUGUGUUAAUACCCGGGCUACAAAUUAAAUUAAAGAAGUUGA